ACGUGUGUGCCGCUACUGCACUGUGCAAAUAAAUUACAUACUAACUAAAUAAAAUUGUCCCAUCUCUAGUCGUAUUGUCACUGCACAGCUCAUAGUUACGAGUUAUUUCGUGUCGAGAAUGUGUUCUGCGCACUAGUUCCUUAGGAAUAUCACCAAGGAAAUGCCAGGGGUCACAACGGGGUGUGCAAACGACAGGAGGGAUCAUCUUUGAGCUGCUAACAUCAUAAUGGCACUCGACAAUCCGUCCUAUUUUUCGCUGUCGGGAGGUUCGCUGCCAUCAUCGGGUGCCCCAGGUAAUUCCGGGGUGUCCAGCAGCCGAGGUUUCGCUGCCUUUUUCCGGAAGCGUCAGAAUAAAAUGGGCUCAGUGUCAUCGGCAUCGGUGAUGUCAAAUUCCACUGGCAGUACAAUGACACAUCACGAGAGCAACAGGAGUAUCGAAUCGGUGGAUGAGUCCCAGCCGAUGUUGUCCCGAUCAAUGAACUCCAGCAGUCAACGGAGAAGUUUUCGAAAUUUAUCGAGGUCGAUGAGUGCACACACGGAUAAUGAAACCCUACAGAUACUAAAAGGUGAACCGAGGCCAACAGAUAUCGCCCCGCCAUCACCACAUCUGCCACACAGAUCGCAUUCCCAUUCGGAUCAUGACAGGAGGCGGCCCCAUCGGCGGAGAAUUCUCAAAUCGGCGAGCGAAUUGUUGUCAAAUGACAUGGUUUUCUAUGGACUUCCUGGUGACACCUCCAGGGGCCAGGAUGAGGAGGGUGAGGUAUUCCUCGGGAUCGAUGAUGCCAGGUACUACAAUUUAUCUGCCACUCUGCCAGCUCCUGGCUCCUCCGGAAUUCGCAGACACUCUAUUGGCACCUUUCUCGAGGAGGAGGGCAUCCCCAAGAGGGCCAUCAUCCAGACCGAGGGGUUCAUCAAGGAACCUGAGGGCUUUGCACCACCUAUUCCUACUGAUCAGGUCGACGGCAGACAGCCCACCAGAGCCAGAAGAUGCAGGAAACAUAAAAGCUUCAAAGAAGGUUCACGAAUGCGAACAGGAAUUGGUGCUCAUAACGAGGCAACAAAUGCCAAUUUGAUGGAGGACAGGGACGAUGUGGUUUUCGUUUCCAGUAAAGACAGUGAAGCUUCAACGCUCUGGGUCAACUACCUCACAGCCUGCUUUGAACAGAUCAGCAGACAGCAGGGGCGGCCGCCUUUCAAGGUGAGACAUGUAACCGUGGAAGACGCGGUAUCAGUAACCCAGACUAUGCAAGAUCGCAUAGCAAAAUCGCGGCUGCAGAUAAUAGUUGUGUGUCCAGUGCUCCUGGAUAGAGCGACAACGAAACCUGAACAGGCAUCGGCCCUAGCUCGACAAUUGUCCCCAGAACGAGUCCUGGCGAUGAUGUUGGGUGUCCACGACGGACAGCUCACUGAGAAUCAAAAAAGUGCACUGAUCACAUAUCCCCAGUGGCGAAAAUUCUUCGUGAAGGAUCAGGACGAGACAUUCGUGGGGGAAUUUUUGGGGGCGGCUGUGGCUAUUCUAGGAUCGAGUCCUCCAGCAACCCUGAAGAACGAUAAGACAACGUUCUCUGUUCACCCCAAGAAGGUGAAAAUCGGACAGAAUCGCGUUCUCGUCAUCAUGAACGAACCCCUCAGGGACGAGGACACCGUCAGUGUCAUCAUUGACAGGUGUGGAGAGGGCAUCGACUUGACUCAAGUCAAACGCAGGAAUCCGUACACUCUGCAAUUGGCGGUACCUGACAGGUGCCUUCAGGUUUCCAUGCUCAUAGGUGUCAGGGUCAUUGUCAAUGGGGUGCCCCAGGGGGUGAGACAGGUCAAGUGCGAGAGUCGGUUGAGGGAACUCGAUCAAAUACUUCGGGCUCAUGACAAUCCCCUCGAGUUCAUGUGCCAGACAUUUGGAUUCAAUCCUGGAGAUCGUGAUCAGUUGGAUAAUUGGAUGGUCCAUGCCUUCCAAAGGAAUUUACCGCCACGUUUUGAUCUUUUGGCUACACCCAACGGAGCAACGCCUUUACAGCGAAAUGCAACGAGCCCUGAGGAGUACCCCACUCUCCUCCACUUCGCAGCUCGUUUCGGAUUGGAGAAAUUAGCUUGGCAAUUAUUGGAGUGUCCCGGUGGUGAGAUCGCUUGUGAUCUCAAGAAUGUUGCCGAGCUAACUCCAGCCGAUGUUGCUGAGCAAGCGGGUCAUAAUAAGCUGGCACAGCAACUCCGUGGCUACAUGCAAAUGAAUGAAUUCACGAACAUGUACAGCUACCUAAAGGUCAUCAGCGAAAACGCAGGAUCCGGAGCAAAUAACGAAAGUGCCUCCCCACUGACCCACUUGAACUGCUUAGACACAGAACAUGAUAAGGAAGACUACUGUCGUCCUCGACCAUUGAGUGAGGCAUACCUGGUGCCCCCGGCUGCUCGCCCGGUCACAACAGCCCCCCAACUACUACCCCUCAACACGAUCUCCCACACACCCACUGAGAUGAAUUAUUCAAUUGUCCCACCGCCUACACCAGUCCUAGGAGUACCUCCCACCAAUCUCAGUAAUUCGGACGUCAAUGGAUUGAAUCUACCCCUCCAAGGAUACCUCAAGAUGUACCCAGCCAGUCCAAAGGUAUCUCCGUCGUUGCCAGCACCAGUGACGGCACCCCUGCUAGCACUGAGAUCUCCCAACCACCCACAGCAAUCAAAAAAAGACCUGAAGGAGGAUACUCCAGGCUCUCGAACCGGAAGUUUACAUCGCUCCACUUCAAACCACGGCGUCAAGUCCCGUGAGCCGUCGGGGCCCCAAGACGAGCUGCUGGAGAUCAUCAACGACUUCAAAAAUAAUGUAUUUACCAUCUCCGAAGUUGAGAGACUCGUGGAAAACUGGAGAAAUCGCAACGACGUGCAGCAGAGCUUCAAGGAUAAACAGCGGCAGUUGGCGGCAAUGAGGGACGAGUAUGAUCGGAUCCAAAAGAAAUUGAAAGACGAGAUGAAGGCCCCAACGCCUUUCGACAAGAUUAAAAAAUUCUUCUCAAAGGGGAAGAAAGAGUCCAAAGAGAGCAAUCAUGCAGAUGACGAUGGGGCGUCUACUUCGAGUAAAAAUGAGAAAAGCAGUGAAACUGGGGCUGAGAGAAGACCAAUCAGUAGUUUGAGUCUUCACAGUGUCUCCAGUUCCUCAUCAUCUGGACGAAUGAGCAUCAUCAGCGGGUGUUCUGGAACGAGUUUAGGGGACUCUGGAACGCAUUCGGACACUGAGGACCGCAGGCUUCGCAAUUCUCGGGAAGAUAAAGGUGGUAUAAUGACGUACGAAGUUCCCCCAGCCCCGAAACCCUUCACCGGGAGAUACUCACCCAUGCGUUACACUCCAUCGCCGCGAUCAUCCGGUGUACACCCUGAAACCGAGAGCAGAAAGCCACAUCCACAGAAUGGAAGCUCCAGUGAUGAGUAUUACAUUGCAUUUCCGGUAUCAGGACUUCCAGUUCAUUCAUUUAAUCCUGAUGGCACCCCCAUAGAGCCAAAAACCCCAUGUUCCCCCUGCGACGCUCCACUGUUCCAGAUCUCGAACAACAUCCCCGAGGAAGACAAUCAUUCCGAUGCCCCCGAAAAGACUGAAAUCAAAGAAAUCAAUUCACUUCCUCAAGCUCCUCCACCCCCGCCCUCCUCACCGCCCACCCACCUCUCCUUGGACUACAUCAAUAUUGUCCCAGCGAAUAUUCCCUCGAGUGUCCUCCAGACACCGGUCAAUGAGAGUCUGCAGGAGAACAAUGAGAGAAUUGAGGUAUCCUUGAACGUAACAAAAAUCUUGAAUGAGGAACCGGUCAAGGCUCUCGAUGGCGAGACGAAGAUUAUCAACGAGACAACGAAGGAGGAGGUCCCAGUGAUCUUUACACAAUCAGAUCACGUCCGGCGUGAUGGGGAGCCCAAACUCCCGGAAUACAUGAAUAUUUCACCUGGUGGAGAUCAGGAGCCUAGGGUUAUUGGAACUAUACCGAAAAAACCCACUGCACCACCUGUGCCUCCCAGAGCCCAGGUGCGAAAAUAAAAACGUGAAGAGCAACAGAAAAAAAACGAAAUCUCAAUAUACCAAAUAUAUAAAGCAACGAAUAACCCAAAUGAAUUGUUUUACGACGAAUUAUUGUAAAAUACGUGUAUUUUUAAUGAAUUAAUCGAAUUGUUUAUACGUCCAGCAAAAUCGAUGUAAAAUUGAAUAUUUUUGUGAAGGUGUCUUGUGUUAUCGUAAGAGACAGAAAAAUUCUGCAUUCAUCCUGAGCAUGCUCUCUUAACGAGUAUUCUAUUUGUACUAAUCAUGGAAUAAGUUGUAACGAAUAGAGAAAUAAAUUUUUUAUGAAUUCUGA